AUGAUCGCAUCAGCGACCUCUAAGCGAGCCUGCUCGAGGCGCUCGCUCACAAUAUGUAGCUGGAGGCGGGUGGGUGUUGCAGCGGCAAUUGCGCGUGUAGAUGAUCUUGAACGGGACAUCACAAAUGAGCGGAAGCUGUGUCAGUCUUUGAAGAAGCAGUCCCGAAAAACUCGAUUAAAGCAACAAAAGAGUGACUUAUUGCGAGACACUUGUUCAAAAUUUAAGCAGAGCGAGAGCGACUUGCGAUUUGUCGGAGCAAGCAAAUCUCCAGACAUCUGGGCAACCCGAGGACCGACACAGUCUUCCAUCGACAAAGAACAUCGGUUAUUUCUAGCUCGCGAAGAAAACGAUAAACUUGACAGCAUUGAGAUAGCCACAUUCGAAAUUUACCCUGGCCAGCGAUCAUGCAUUGAUCGCAUUAAUAGGGCAAGAUUUUCGGCGAGUCCUGGUGCUAAUGGCGUGGAUAUCCGUCAAACGGCCAAAACGCAAGCGCUUGAACUCAUUUCGAAUCAAACGGAUCAGUUAGUAGGAGAUCAAAUUAAUGCGCUACUUUUCUUGCGCUUCGACAGCGAAAAACGUUGGAGUACUUCUCCGCUCAUUAGCAUGAGCCAAUCUAGAUCGCUUUCACCACAAGCACAACUGACACCUUCGAAAUCCCAGACAGGAAGCGAACAAGGACUAGAGCAACGCAUGUGCUUAACUUCGCUGUGCAUUGGCGCUGCUACCGCAGCUAAAUCACAAAUUCUUUGUAGGACUAUUUUUGCAAUAUUAACGGGAAAUCACUAUCGCUAUUAG